CUGCAGGUUGGGGUUAGGUUCAGCAGCUGAACCUAACCACCGUAACCCUAACCUAUUCAUUUUGAUUAAGUCGUUUGGGUUAUGUAAUUAAAAACUUGAAAGCUUAUUAUUAUUUUAAUAACUUAUUGUUAUUGUUUUAAUUGGGUGAGUUGGUAUACUUAAUUGUUUUAUCCAACUUGUUUUUUUGGAGAAUAUAUUCGGAUUCUCUAAAGUAGCAAAAAUAAUGAACCUUUCACUAGUCCCCUUGCACAAACACCCACAAUACCUUCAAGAAUGCUGCGAGCUACUGAACAGCGAAUGGAAAAGAAGCCUCACAGCUCGAUUGCACAGUUUGGAGUCUUCUUGCGACGAUCUACCAGUGUCAUUCAUUCUUUUGCAAAAUAACAGACUCAUUGGGCAUUUGAAACUUAGCUCAAUUCCAAGUAUCAAGCAUGGAUGUUUUAUGGAAAGUGUUGUGAUAAGACAAACAGAAAGAGGCAAAGGAUAUGGUAGGAUUUUAGUGCAAAUGUGUGAGGAUUAUUGUGAAAAAAAUGGUUUAAAUGUAAUUUAUUUGACUACAAAAGGACAGGAAGAGUUUUAUAAAAAAUUAGGCUUUAAAGAGUGUCUCCCUAUAUCGAUUUAUGGUUAUAGUAGUCAUUUAAAUAUAAGCAAGUCAAUAACGGUAAACAGUAGUGCUCCUCUAGCACCCCCAAUGCCAAAUAGUAACAAUAUAUUGAGUCAAGUCAAAAUAAAAACACAUAUGAAGAAAGAACUGUGAUGCAUUUUUUGAUCAAAACAGAUGCUAUAUAGGUAGUCAAAGCAAAUACUUCAAUUCCAAUGAAUAAAGCCAAGUGAGAACUUGGACCAAGUAAGUUGGUAACCAACCUACUUAGGGAUGGUGAAACCUAUCCAACUCAACUUGGAUCAAACAGUUGAUACGAUCCAAGUAUUGUCCAAGCGAGACGCGCGUAGCGUCCAAGAGUACUUGAUCCAAGUACAGUUUGAGCUUGUCAAUCUGGCUUAAGCAAAGGCAAAAAGUGACUCUUUUAAGUUAAAACAUGCACCCACACCAGCUUUGAUUUUUUCGAGCUACUGGCUCUACUGACCUAAAAUUAACAGCUAAACUGUAAUUUUCCAGUUAUAUCACAAGAAUAAUUGCUUAUAGGUACCUUUUGGACACUUUUCUGGUAAUAAACUGUUAGCUAGGCCUGCCGCUUCAUUAACAAUUUCUUCAUUUCUUUAUAAAAAAAACGCGUCAGGAAACUGAUUUAUAACUUUCAACAACGGCGUUAACAACGUAUUGUUGUCAUUCUUAUACCAACUACCAAGGCUUGUACUUGUAUGAGGAAAAAAUCAGCGAAAAAAUAUAAAUUUUGUUAUGUAUCAAUUUUUUAUUUGUACUUUUUCAGUGUGUUUUCUCUUUAUAUAGUUUUUUUUAUGUAGUACCUAGUCGCAAAAGUUUUUGUUUGUAGAACGUUUUGUUUAUUUGGUA